AUGCAGACCAUUUCCGUUGCAGUCAGGAGAAACAUUUUUUUAAAAGGAAUUUUUAGAUUUUCAAGCACAAUCCCAGUGAAAACGUCUAUAAAUGAUAAAUCAUUGGAAUAUAUCUAUAGGGUAGGCAUCAGAAAUGCACCUAUUAAAGAGGAAUUAUUAGCUGAGACUAGAAAGAUCUAUCCAGAAGAUGCUGAUAUGUCGACUGACAGAAUUCAAGGAGAUUUCAUCGAAAACCUCAUUAUAUCUAUAAACGCUAAAAAAUGCAUUGAAGUUGGAGUAUUCACUGGGUUUUCGUCUCUUUGUGCAGCAUUGGGGUUACCAAGUGAUGGAAAAAAUUUUGCACUUGACAUAAGUGAAGAAUAUACAUCAAUUGCCAGAAAAUACUGGAAACUUGCAGGGGUUGAUAGCAAAAUCGAUCUCAUUAUUGGUCCAGCAUUAGACAGUUUAAUUAAGCUUAGAAUGGAAGGCCAUGAAAAUUCGUUUGAUUAUGCCUUUCUUGACGCUGAUAAGCCAAAUUAUUUGAAUUACUAUGAAAAUUUAGGCUCAAUUAUACAAUACAAAACUUAG